UAAUUUAAAAUUUAAAUUAAAAAAUUAAAUUAACGGCGAAUGCCAGAUGGAGAUGGAGAUGGAGAGGAGGAACUAUGCUCUGCAAAUCGCUGGUACAGCUUGGAACAAACCCUAGGAAUCCGUGCCCGAGGACAUGGCGUGCAUGCUAAAUUACAGUGCUUGACAUGAGUCUCUCAACAACUUCAUCUUUGCCGUCUUUUUCCACUAUUUCCUCAUCCUCCUCCUCCUCCUCCUCGUCGGCUUCAGCCACUUCAUGGUUUUCCGGCAUUGUUCGCGGCCGUUCUGAUAAGUCUGGAAGCAUCAAGAUGGCAAACAGUUCCACCGGCGGCGGCGAUGCUGGAGGUCCCAUAAAUCGGAAGAACCAGUUCCGGGGCGUACUCUUCAAGUACGGUCCCAACACAAUUCAGGUUGCGUUUAAAACAGGCGAUUAUAAACAACAAGUAAUUUUUAUUGGUGGAUUGACUGAUGGCUUUCUGGCUACAGAAUACUUGGAAUCUUUGGCAAUUGCUUUGGAAAAUGAGAAAUGGUCGCUAGUUCAGCUGCUGCUUUCGUCUUCCUACAGUGGAUAUGGCACUUCCAGUUUGAAACAAGACGCAUUGGAACUUGAUCAGUUGAUCAGUUACUUAAUAAACAAGGAAGAUUCUGAAGGUGUGGUAUUACUUGGGCAUAGCACCGGUUGCCAGGAUAUUGUGCAUUAUAUGCACACAAAUGCUGCAUGCUCACGGGCUGUCCGUGCCGCCAUUUUGCAGGCUCCUGUAAGUGACCGUGAAUACAGAGCAACUCUUCCUGAAACUGCUGCUCUUAUCGACUUGGCUUCAAACAUGAUAAGCGAAGGGCGGGGUUCAGAAUUAAUGCCUAGGGAAGCAGAUCCAUCUGCCCCAAUGACCGCCUACAGGUUUCACUCUCUAUGUGCUUACAUGGGGGAUGAUGACAUGUUCAGUUCAGAUCUUAGUGAUGACCAGCUGAAAACGAGAGUUGGGCAUAUGUCUAACAUACCUUGCCAGGUUAUCUUUUCAAUGGCUGAUGAGUAUGUACCAGAGUAUGUUGAUAAGAAAGCAUUGGUUGAAAGAUUGUGCAGAGCAAUGGGUGGUGCAGAGAAAGUUGAAAUUGAAUGGGGAAACCAUUCCCUCUCUAACAGGGUUGCGGAAGCUGUCCACGCCAUAAUAGACUUUGUCAAAAGAGAAGGACCCAAUGGGUGGGACGAUCCUUGGAAUUGAUUUAUUGCAUUUUUGCAUUCUUGUAUGCUUUUUAUGUCUUUUUUUUUUCGCCCUUUUCAAUUGUCCAUUCAUAUACUCGUUUAAUCAAAUUUUGUUUUGUAAAAUGUAGAGGAUGAGUGAAGUUGUUUGUUCAGUAAGUCUGGGUUUAGUUUAUACAUUGGUGAGCAUUGUGCUUGAAUAUUGUCAACUGAAGCAUGCUUGGUAUUUGCCUGUAAAA